AUGUUAGCCAGACUCUUCGAGACUCUGGCAAAAAUCAUUGGAUCAAGCUUUAUAAUAAAAAAAAUUGCUUUAAAGAAAAUAAAUGCUCUUGGUGAUGUUAGACCAUCGGCAGGUGGUUACUCAUACCUUAAGCAAUGGAUAUGGUGGUUAGGGCUAUUUACAAUGGGCCUUGGAGAAACAGCAAAUCUCUUAGCUUAUGCAUUUGCACCUGCAGCUUUGGUUACUCCAUUGGGAGCUCUAAGUGUUCUUGUGGCCGCAGUACUUUCAUCUAAAUUCCUUAACGAAAAACUAAAUUUGAUAGGAAAGAUUGGAUGUGGGGAGGCCGGCUUCACCGGCAGUCGCCUCGCCGUCAUCUCCGACGCCCUCAGCGCCCGC